AUGAAACCUGCCUGGCAGCUGCAAGGCGGUCUUUCCCAGCGGCUGCGCGGGAAGCUUGAAUCUGCAGCCAUCUUCGCCGUCAAAGUCGCCAGAUCCCCCCAGGCGCAUUUGGACCGUGGUUGGGCAGCCUCCCGCGCCUAUUUAUUUUCGGUCAUUUUCAUAUCCCUCUUGCUCUCCAAAGCCUUCCAUAUCUACGUCCAUAUCAAUGCGCUGACGGUCCUGGCCCGAUCAUAUGAAUGGCGAACAACUCGGGAUCUAGCGGCCGUGUUUAUCACGUUAUUCAGUCUAGGUGUCUCGUCGAUGAUUUCCGCCAACAUCUCCUUUUACAUCCACAUGGGCUCGGAGAUCCAUUGGCACAUGUCGAGUGGCUUCCGCAAGGAGAAGCCCUCCGCCGCGACUGUCCUCUCGGCCCUCUCCAUCGCUAUCCUUCUCGAAACGUCGAUUUUGGUCGGCGGAUUCUACGCAACACCGUAUCUAUCCUGGGUCACCGCAGCUUUCCUGAGGGUCUGGGGUGCAGUCUUGUCCGCCACAUACCGCUACUUCCGCCCCAAUAAGCAAGCUCUGCCACACCCAGAUAUCUAUGAGCAAAUCGCAAUCGACGACUACGAAGUGGGCGAUGAUAACAGCGACUCUGUAUCGCUGCUGGAUGCUCCUCAAGACCCGCCUGUACAGAAGAGUCGGGCAUUGCUGAAGCCCGUUAUCGUCGUAUCGUGCAGCGCAAUUCUACUUUUGCUCCGUGUCGUUCGUCCGCACGACAUGGCUUACAGUUUCCUCUCCGCAUCCUUGCCUCUCGCGCCAUUUGGUGGCCUCAGGUUUGGAUCUUCUCAGCGAACUGUUGCAUCGUUGCCAGGCGAUUACAGCUGGCUAGAGGGCAAAACUGCUCUAGACUCCUUCCCGACAUUCGAUUGGUUACAUACGGGUGAUGCGGCAACUGCCUGGCCGGAUUGGUCUCCCUUCCACAUAAAUCACUUCAACACUACCGACCCUAAAGACUAUGUGUAUGAACACUACAACCCGAUGAAAGAUCCUUUGCACAUUCCCAACCUGCAGAACGACAUUUUGGAGCCAAUCCGCGACGUGCUCCACAGCGGAGAUGUCAAGAUCAAGCAUGUUAUUCUUAUCAAAUUAGAGAGCAAUCGGCAGGACGUGUUUCCCUUCCGUUCCGACUCUUACAUCAUGGAGCACAUAAGAAAGUCCUGGGACGGGAAGAUCCCCGACGAGGUUAUGGAUAAACUCGCCAAUCUCACCCCUAUCGCCGAAAGAUUCACUGGGUUUGAGACUGGGUUCAAGGAGAACAAGGAUCGUCCAAAGCCAUAUGGCGGUCUUAGCGCGAAAAAUGCGUACACAUCUGGUACAUACACCAUGAAGAGUAUUACAGGCACUAUGUGCGGUGUGAGCCCUAUGGCCGUUCAAGACAAUCUUGAAUACUUCCACGAUAUUUACCAGCCUUGCCUGCCGCACAUAUUUGAUGCCUUGACUCAGCAAUCCAACAUCACUAGUGACACUAAGGAUUGGACCUCCUGGCCGUGGUAUUCCAAGUGGAUGCAAUCCCACUAUGGCACCUGGGACCACCAGGAGGACCUUACUCCUACCCUAGGAUUCAAAGAUAUAACGACAAAAGAAUCAAUCAACGAAGCCGGUGCCAUAUAUAUCCCGGAGGAGCCAGAGGAUGAGCAGAAAUAUGGUCACCCGGACCACACACUGAAGAACUAUAUGCGGGAUGCGUUUGCCGAGGCCAAGAAGAAUAACACUCGCCUCUUUAUUGGUCAUCUAACCCACAAUACCCAUACUCCUUGGUUCAAGCCUGGCGACUACGAGGAUUACUUCGGGAAUCGCGCUGGAUGGAACGAGAAUUUGAACCGGUACCUAAAUACCCUGAAGUAUCAGGAUGACUGGUUGGCUACCAUCCUUGAGAUCCUCGCCGAGGCUGGAGUCGCCGAUGAGACCCUACUUGUCAUGGCAGGUGACCAUGGUUUAUCUCUUCCAAAUGACGGUGGUAUCACAGCCAACCAUGACCCCCACGUAGCCAGUUUCCAUGUUCCCCUCCUCUUCGCCCACCCCAAGCUACCCCCGGUUGAAAUCAGGGGCGCCGUCCUCUCGACUCAGAUUCUUCCCAGCAUCCUCGAUAUGCUAAUCGAAACCUCCAAUAUCAACGAACAGUCAGCACACAUAUUGAAGGACCUGCUUCCCUUAUACGAGGGUCAGUCGUUGCUACGUCAACUCAUUCCUGAGCAGGAUAAGAAGCAGGAGUGGCAUUUCUCUACGAUGAACCCUGGAGGAACCUGGGUCUCCAUGCGAGCAGCCUCGAAACCGUACCGUCUAGUCGUCCCGCUUAUCCCGAAUGCCCCGUGGCGAUUCAGUAAUGUUGUCGCCGAUCCCCUCGAGUUCGCUGCCGAAGAAGACCUCGAUGUCGUGACCCUAUUUGAUGUUGUACAGACACGAUACGGGCCCGAAGCCGCCAGGUGGCUUAGCGAGGCUGCCCAUGUGUCACAGUGGUGGAUCGCGGAGAAUCACAAACGCUGGAAGUAUAGUCCUGACGACCCGAGGCCUUGA